UCACUCGAGUGGAUGCAGACAAUGCUCGUUAUUGCAACAAGUGCAACAAGAUUUUUGCUUGUAAGAGCGGAAACACAGCAAUCUGGCAAAACAUAUUUCAAAAGUACAUUAUGUGCAGACAGAGAAAUGCAAAGUUUUCGACUGCCUAGCUAGUUCAUCAUCCACGUCCUCAGGAUGAAAGGCCGCACAGAAGCAGAGCCAUUGAGAGAUGGCUUUUCUCAAUGGUUCUGAACAGAAAACGGAGCGAUUUGACCAAUCAGAAGAAAGGGGGCUUUCCAGUCCCUCCCAUGUGUUCAAAGGAAAUAUUGAAGCCAUAAACAUGAGAAAUUUUUAGCCCAAAUCUGUAAAUAUGUCGUAUUUAUAUUUCUUGUUGAAGAAGCAAAACGCACACAGACCGGCCAAAAAAUUAUGAGCAUGCGUGACGUUAUUUGAUUCGGCCGCACCACGCAUGCGUGCAGAGACUGUCUACAGCUCGCGCCAAAUUGAAGACUGACUGACUGAAAGCCACAAACAUGUCUAAAAAGAAAGGACUUAGCUUGGAAGAGAAAAGAAGUCGUAUGAUGGAAAUAUUUUUUGAAACCAAAGAUGUGUUUCAACUGAAGGACAUUGAAAAAAUAGCCCCCAAAUCCAAAGGAAUCACUCCCAUGUCGGUAAAAGAAGUGCUGCAGAGUCUGGUGGAUGAUAACAUGGUAGACACAGAAAGAGUUGGCACCUCAAACUAUUACUGGGCUUUUCCCAGCAAGGCCCUGCAUGCCCGUAAAUGUAGACUGGAAGAGCUGGAGAGAGAGUGUGAUGAAGGAAAGCAGCGCAAAACAGCCCUUCAGCAAGCGGCUGACAAAGCCAAAGUUGGGCGUGAAAUUAACGAGGAAAGAGAAGCUCUUCUGAAGGAGCUUGCAGCAUUGAAAGAUGAAAGAGAUCAGAUGAAGGCUGAAGUGGAUAAGUACAAAGAAUGUGAUCCAGAGGUGGUGGAGGAGAUUCGUAAAACCAACAUUGCAGCAAAGGAGGCAGUGUCGAGAUGGACAGGACAAACAAAGAGGCUUUCUUCUUACAACGAAACACACAGGGUCUCCACGAUAUUGCUGCGGCAACGAUGAUACAAUGAGAUUUACAGAUAAUGUUUUUGCAAUCAAAUCCUGGGCGAAGAGGAAGUUUGGCUUUGAGAACAGCCGUUUAGACAAAGCUUUUGGAAUACCAGAGGACUUUGACUAUAUCAACUGACUUCCAAAAGCCUCUGCUGUAUAUAUUUGUUUAUAAUUGAUUGACCCCAUCGUUUUACCAUUACACAAUCAAACGGUGCUUUUGUACUACACAAGUUAAUUUUAGAAUUCAAAUAUCAGUGCUGUGUUAUACGUAAAGCUUUGACUGGUUUGUAAAAGGUUUGGUACAUUGUGAAAAGGGAUAAAAAUUCUCAGGGAUUCCCCCAACCCCCUUGAAAUCUUAACCUUGUCUAGUCCAAGGCCAACUUCAAGAUUGAUUUGUCAGCAUAAAAGGGUUAGCGACAGUGGAAAACCUCCUGGUGUGUAAAUGGAGAAGAUGAUAUGUUAACCCUUGACUGCUCUGAGGCACCCUAUAGCCUGGACAGACUGUUUGGAGAAACAGACUGUUUGGACUGUCUGGAGAAACUGAGCUACGCACAGAGGAUUGAAUUAAGGUGCAUGUGAAUGGCCAAUUUAAAGCGAUUAACCACGGUUAAGUUAAAAGAAGGAAAAAAGUUCCUGUUUGUGUAUCUGUUACUGAAAUAUUGACAUAUUUUUAAUUUGUGGGCAUGCUUUUCAAAUUGCACAUUUUGUUCAUAUGUUGUAAAUAUUAAAAAUGUUUUCAAUGGCUA